UGGGAACACGCGUGCGCCAAGUCGACUGGCAAAACAACCCAGCCGUUUUCACUUGAAAAUAAAAAUCAUCAUUUAUUACGCAACACAGCGAUAAAAAAAAAUUAUAUAAUAUUAAUUGAAAACAAACGACUAUGCCGAACGGAUAGAAUCUAUUUUUUUAUGCAUUCCACACCUACUAUCUUUCUGUGGGAUUCUAAGCUCAAGUGGUUUUUUUCUUCUGUGAAACAGAUUGGUAAUUGAAAUUAAGAGUAUCGAAAAAAUUUCGUUUAAGAAUUUUGUCGUCAUUGCUAGAAGAAUAUACCAAAUUGGAUUCCGUGUCUAUAGAGUGAACCGCUAAAAUAACCAACGAAUCUUCAAUUAUUUACGGAUGAAAGAUCUGCCAUUUCUGUUUGACUCUAUAAAAUCAUCAUGGUUAUUGCGCCGGAAAAACUAGUGAAGGAAAAGGAAUGUUUUUCCUGCCGAGAUGUACUGUGGUACCUCGUUUUCAGUGGGUUUGCUGUCAGCUAUAUGAUAAAAUUGCACCUCAGUCUUACCAUUAUCGCCAUGGUAGUAGCACCCCAACUCAAGGCAACAACUCUUGCACAAUGCGCGUGGAAUGAAUACGUACAGAAGUCCAAUUCAUCCAGCCUCUGGACCAACGCCACGUCACUCACAAACUCUCUGGAUAACAACACAACAAACACCUCUCUCACAUCGUGGGACACGACACAAACACUUGAACACAGCCCAUCCCAGAAUGAAACACAAUCAAAUCAUCGUUUCUCAUGGAAUGAGUACGACCAAGGUGUGGCUCUGGGAGCAUAUUCUUGGUUGCACCCGAUCAUGCAGUUACCUGCCGGCUUCUUGGCACAUCGUUAUGGAACCAAGCUCAUCUUUGGAUUGACCAUUUUUAUCCCUGCUACGCUAGGUUUUAUGACACCGGUUUUGGCACGCUACCAUUUUUACGCCUUCGUGCUUUUACGAGCUCUUCAGGGCGGAAUAGCAGACGUCUGUUGGUCCGCCGUAAAUUCUAUGACUGCUAAAUGGAUUCCUAUUGACGAUAGGAGUAAAUUUCUCAGUGCUUAUUUCGGCGGGGCAGUGGGAACAGCAAUUGUCUACCCAAUGUGUGCAAUACUCAUAAACUCGUUUGGAUGGGAUUCAGUUUUUUACGUAACGUCAGCUCUUGGAAUUAUAUGGUGCGUCGCAUGGUAUUACCUGGCUUUCGAUACACCACAAGAACAUCCUCGUAUUUCAGUAGGUGAAAAAACAUACAUCCUGGAACGUCUAGGAAAUUCUGUAAACAUCACCACUUCUCAAAAAAUCCCAUGGAAAGCUAUAUUGACGUCACGUCCACUCUGGAUAGUAACUAUUGCACACGUAGGCUAUAUGUGGGGCAUUACCAUUCUUUAUCUUGGAACCCCCUCUUACUUCAAUUAUAUUCACGGAUGGAACAUUCAGGCGGUUGGCAUGCUUUCAGCGAUUCCUCAAGUAUUGCGAAUGCUUUUUUCCUAUACAAUUUCAAGUUUUUCCGACUGGCUGUUGAAAACGGAAAGGAUGCCAAUAAUGUGGCUGAGGAAAGCAGCAGUCUUUCUGGGUUGUGGUAUUCCAAGCAUAAUGCUGUUGGGUCUGGCUUUCAGUGGUUGUCACCCAACCUUAGCCAUCGCGUUCAUGAUGGCAAGUUUAAUUGCUACUGGUGCCACUUCCGCUGGAACGCUUGCCGUCACUGUUGAUCUGAGUCCGAAUUACGCAAGUAUUCUCUUUGGCAUUAAGAAUACAAUUUCAUCAUUCGUUGAAUUCCUAGCCCCUAUGAUGAUCGGAAUCCUAACCAACAAUAACCAAACGAUCGUGCAAUGGCGCCUGGUAUUUCUCAUCACGGUUGCAAUAAUGUUUUCAACUAGCGCAGUGUACAUAUUUUUCGGGACAUCAGAAGUGCAGCAUUGGAAUUACCAAGAUGAUGAAGAAGAUCCCGUAGAACUUGAGAACCUUCGGUCAAAAGUGAAUAAAGCCGAGUGUGAGGAAACGACUGCCUAUAUUCCGAAAAAGAGGGAUAACUGUUCAUACUCAGAGAGCGCGGAAUGUUGUGUUGCAGAAAUGAAUGAUUGAAAAAAAUAACUAUCUCUAUUUAUGAAAAUCAACAACCAUCCCGUUUACAAAUCAAGUCAUCACGAUGUAUCUAUUAGAUUAUUCUUAAUCUGCUAAUUGUUCACUGAAUAAAAAAUUUACUAUUUACCAGCAAUUCCGAAAAAUUUCAUUAAUUUUUUUUAUACAUGUCGGAAUUACGUUGUAUAUAGAUCAAAGCAUAGUCAUUGUUGUAUAUAGC